AUGGAUGUGUUCAGAGCACUGGACAAUGAGUCGCUGCUGCCCAGCGCCGCUGGUCCUGCGGGAUGGGAUCCCUUCCGCUGCCCCCUGGACUCCAUCCAGCCCUGGCACUUCAGGCUCCUGGCGGCCCUGAUGCUGGUGGUCACUUCCCUGUCGCUUGCCGAGAACCUGGCAGUGAUCCUGGUAACCCUGAAGUUCAAGCAGUUGAGACAACCUGUGAACUAUGUCAUCGUCAACUUGUCGGUGGCCGACUUCCUGGUCUCACUGAGUGGUGGCACCAUCAGCUUUUUAACGAAUCUGAAAGGUUAUUUUUAUAUGGGAUACUGGGCUUGUGUGCUGGAAGGAUUUGCAGUCACAUUUUUUGGCAUUGUUGCUCUCUGGUCCCUCGCUCUGUUGGCUGUUGAGCGGUACAUCGUGAUCUGCCGCCCGCUGGGAAACGUGCGCCUGAGAGGGAAGCACGCAGCCCUUGGCAUUGCCUUUGUGUGGGGCUUUUCCUUCAUCUGGACCAUCCCACCAACGAUGGGCUGGAGCAGCUACACCACCAGUAAGAUCGGAACUACCUGCGAGCCGAACUGGUACUCGGGAGCUUAUAUCGACCAUACGUACAUUAUCGCGUUGUUCAUCACCUGCUUCGUAGUGCCGUUAUCGGUGAUUUUGGUAUCCUACGGAAAGCUGAUGCGGAAGUUAAGAAAGGUGUCAGAUACGCAAGGCAGGCUGGGAACCAGCAGGAAACCUGAGCGACAAGUGACCAGGAUGGUGGUGGUGAUGAUUGUCGCCUUCCUGAUCUGCUGGACGCCAUACGCCGCCUUUUCUAUCCUGGUCACUGCACGCCCCUCCAUCGACCUGGACCCGCGUCUGGCAGCAAUCCCAGCUUUCUUCUCCAAAACCGCUACUGUUUAUAACCCAGUUAUCUAUGUCUUCAUGAACAAACAGUUCCGCAGGUGCCUGGUUCAGAUGUUCAGCUGCAGGGGCACAGACGCCCCUGAGUCUAGCGUGAACCCGACCUCGGAGCGAGCGAUGCUGACCCUGGACAAGAGGGGCAGCGAGAUGUCCACCCUGGCAGCACACAGCGCCGCUACCAAGAGACCCGAGGGUGAACACAGAAAUUGCCCAUCUUUUGCUCAGUUGGCAACUUCAGAAAAUAAAAUCUGUCCCAUGUAG